AUGAAUAACAACUCUGAUUUAAUGCAUUUGGAGAAUCUACUUGACGAAAUAUUUCUUCAGGAGAUUUUUCCACUUUUUUCAUGGGAUGAAUUAUAUUAUUCUUUUUCUGGUCUCAAUAAACGUAUUAAUACCGUUCUACGAUCAUUGAUGCAUUUGGAUUUUACCGUCGAUUCCUCAACUCAGCAUCAUCCAGCACUUAUGUUUUUUCUUUCAACUAUUACACGUCUGAAUGUACGUCUUGGAAAAUUUGAUAUAAAAUCGUUUUCUGCUCUUUGUUCAUUAACUCUGGGCUAUCCAAGUCUGCAACAGCGUAAUUCCAUUCGACCUGAAAAUUUCCCUUACCUUGAAUAUUUAAGUCUUUCUUAUCCGCUUGAAGAUACUGUUCUUUUAAAUUUAAUCUUCUCAGAUGCUUUUGAACGUUUAACAGUAUGUAGAUUCGAUCGUACUUCUACUGAUCAUUCUUGGAGUACGUCUCCAAAAAUUCGUUCGUUGUCAAUUAGUGUUCAUGGUCCAUAUGGAAUUAUCUGUGUACUUCGUGCUUGUCCAAACAUAUCUCGAUUAAAUAUGAUCGUUUAUCCGACUUCUCAAAUCAAUCUCUCUCUUCCAAAACAUUCUUUUUCUUGUAUGAAUUUUCAUCUUCGGCGUCUUUCUAUUCGUUCAAUAAUCGAAAUGCUUCCUUCGAUUUUCAAACUUACACCUAAUCUUGAAUGGCUUACAUUUGAUGAUAUUCUAUGUUAUGAUGGAUUUGAAAACUCCCAAAUGACUUUCAAAAAUUUUGUUAAUGCUCUUUUCAUGUUGAACCACAUUUCUUAUCUUUAUCUAAAGACAAUGGUUCAAGCGUGGGAUCAAUAUAUAUCGUUGAACACUUUGCAUCCACUCUUUAAACAUAUUAGCUAUUACAAAGCACAUUCAGGUGUUACCAUAUCCAGUUUACCAGUUUAA